AUGAAACGGGCACAGCCCCUAUCAACCAUUAAUAAGAAAUUGACAAGUGUUCCAGAAUUACCUUAUAAAAAAGGACUACUCAACUCAUCGCCUAAGCCAAAAGAAAAACGUAAUGCCAAGUCACAAUAUGAUAAGAUCGAACCAAUGGUCCUAAGGUCUCCACCCACAGGAGAAUCAGUUGUACGUUAUGCCUUGCCAAUACCAUCAAGUAAGACAAAGGAAUUAAUAGCAGAAGAUGAAAUGGUCAGGAGGAUUACCAAACACCUGAAGAUGGUUGUUACUGCUUUGGAAAAUACAUAUGGAACUGUGGAUGAAGAUGGAGAAAAAACACUGACAAAACCUAAAGAGGAAGGCGUAUCUUUAUCUGUUGGUGAUGACAUGAAUGCAUUCUUGCAGUACUGUUCACAGUUUGCAGCUCAGAUGGAGGAAGCAGUUCAGGAAGAACGUAACAUUUUGGAGUCUCUUUUCAAGUGGUUUCAGCAACAAGUCAACCAAAUAGAGGAGAUAGGUAAAGACCAAAGCAUUUUAGAAGGAGAUCUCCCAGCAGAUGAAAAAACGUUCAACUUGAACAUCACACAAAUAGUAAAACUGGCACAUAGAUUUGAAGAUCUGAAAACUUGCUUGAAAGGGCGCAAGGGAUCCCUGCUGUCUAAACUUGCGGAAAAAGACACGCUACCAGGUUCAAUGAGAAGUUACGAAGCUAUAGAGAAGCAAAUCGAAGAAUUCAUAAAAUCUCACUCAGCUUACGAAUCUCAAGUUGCUUCUGAAACUGAGCCAGCUUCUUAUUCAGUGACUAAACGGAUGAACGUGAUGAUGAAAAUAUUUGAAAAUCAGACAAAUAUGUUAGAGAGAGCUUUAAAUGAUCAGAGUAUAGCUGAGACUAAAUAUAAACAGAUGGAAACUGAUUUUCAGAUGCUAUUGUUGGAGAAAAACCUACUGGAGAGUGAAGUACAGAGGAUGAAAGAGUCAGAGAAAGCAAAGCCAUCAGGUAAAGAAGAUCGAACCAAGAGAUCCACAAGGUCAGAAAAGAAAAAAGAGAAAGAUUCAGAAAGGAAGUCUCCAAGCAGAGAACUUGAUCUGGUUCAAAUCCAAAAAGAAGCAGAAGAGCUGAAGAUGGAGAAGAAAGCCCUUCAGGAGCAACUGAAAUGGGCUUUGCAGGAAGCUGAAAAAAACAAGAACCAACUCGAAUACGUCCUACAGCAUGAGAUGGAGAUGCUUAAAGACGAGAGGAGUAAAACGAACGUGGAACGGGGUAUUAGUAGAUCGAAGGGUACGCGUGAGGAUUCCAAAUAUUCCCAAUCAAUGGAGAAAGAUGCCCAGCUGGAUAGACAACAGCAGAACUAUGACCAGGUGCCACCUGAGAAAAGCAAAAGAUCCAAAUAGAAUUUGUGAAAUACUUUGGAAGCCCCCCGACCUUCCGAGAGUGGAUGGGAGCGAAAGGAGACCCCACCUUCGCAGACAUAUGGCAUUGCUUACAAUAAAGAACAUUCUU